UGUAGAUAGCAGCCCUGGCCUUAAAAAUUUCACGGCCAACAGCCGAAAUUCGCGGUCAGAAACGCGGAAAUCUCUAGUUUUAUGUAAUGUUUAGUUGACGAGGAAAUAUCCGAUUUGCGCGCUAAUUGUCCUACUCUGCAAUGUUUAACUAUCGCCUCGGGGUUGUGGUCCGCUGCGCGCGGCAGAAGCCGCUGUUGUUAUGGGCGCCCGUCUGCCACCAAAGUUCUCUCAGCCCGUUGAAGGAAUACGAACAGCGUGUCAGUUCUGGCCAAAUGAAGAAAGAUGACAGGCAGUUUCAAACGAUGAAGGAGCUAGAUGCACUGUACCACAAAAUUCAGAGGUAUAAGCCCAGCUACAAGGAGGGAGGUAGGGGCGGUGGCUUCUUUAGCUCCCUCUUCGGCCGCAAGUCAUCCGGGGAUGAAGAUCAGGAUGAUCCCAACGCUGGCAGCCACGCCCCUCAGGGGCUGUACCUUUACGGUAGCGUGGGAGUGGGCAAAACUACACUGAUGGACUUGUUCUUUGACUGCUGCACUAAGAUCAAUCGCAAGCAACGCGUCCACUUCACUUCGUUUAUGAACAGCGUGCACACCCGCAUUCACGAGGCCAAGCAGAGACAGGGUCCUGUUGACCGGGCCUUCAACUCGGAGAAGCCUGAGCCCUUCGAUCCGACUAAACCAGUUGCUGACUUGAUUGCUAGGGAGUCCUGGCUUAUAUGCUUUGACGAGUUCCAGGUGACGGAUAUAGCCGACGCCAUGGUGUUGAAGCGCCUGUUCACUCACCUUUUCCGGCAUGGAGUUGUUGUUGUCGCCACGAGCAAUCGACAUCCCGAGGAUCUGUACAAAAAUGGCUUGCAGCGAACAAACUUUCUGCCCUUUAUUGCGCUUCUUCAGAAGCGUUGCAGAGUGUCCCAAUUAGAUUCCAUUGACUAUCGACGAAUUGCUCAGUCUGGAGACACCAACUACUUCGUCAAAGGCCAAACGGAUGCAGAUGGGAGCAUGAAUCGCAUGUUUAAAAUCCUUUGCGCUGAAGAGAACGAUAUUAUCCGACCGCGAACCUUGACUCAUUUUGGUAGGGACUUAACAUUCAACCGCACAUGCGGCCAAGUGUUAGACAGCACCUUUGCGGAUCUGUGUGAUCGCGCUUUGGCUGGCAGCGAUUACCUGCAGAUUUCGCAGUUCUUUCACACCGUCCUUAUAAGAGAUGUGCCACAACUUACCCUGGACUUGAAGGCACAGAUGAGACGCUUCAUAACGCUAAUAGACACCCUGUACAAUAAUCGAGUGCGCGUCGUCAUCUCCGCCGACGUCCCGCUAGAAAGUUUAUUCAGUUUUUCUGGAGGAUCCAAAACUCUUUCAGAUUCCGAAAGAACUUUGAUGGAUGACUUGAAAAUAAACGAAUCCAAAGCUAGUUUUUUCACUGGUGAAGAGGAGCUCUUCGCCUUCGAUCGCACCCUUUCACGACUCUACGAAAUGCAGAAGCGGGAGUACUGGGAGCAGUGGGCCAAACAUCGAUAAAAACCCCAUAAAGCAAAGCAGGAGUUCAAUUAGCGCAAAAAAUUCCCCGUAUCACAAAGCAGUAGUUCAAUUAGUGCAAUUAAAUUAUUUGUUUUCUACCUCGACGUCGUGGUAUUUUACUGACAAAAUAACCCUUAAAAAUUUAAUUUUUCAUGAACUUGCAAUAAGUGCCUUUGGCAAGUAUUAAAGCAAUAAAAAAAAUGUACAUAAAGUUA